CUCCAAUGCGCUGCCCCAGAUACACAGCAGCGAAGUAUCUCAUGCAAAAUACGAGAUGAUCUGAACUCACAGAGAUUGCUACUCAAGGGAUUAUUAAUUCAGGGCCUCACGGAUCCACUCAUUCAGAGCGCCAACCGCAUUCUAGGCUACGAUCCCACGAAUGAUCCUCCGCGUUCACUCCCACUCAUUACUCGCCUGAGGCUUGGCGCACAAUAUACUCGGCUCACUCGCCCGAGUUAAUUGGUCGAUUGACUGUAGCAUCUGGGGCGACACGCACAUACACGCUGGCGCCGCGUUGGUACCUCAUCAGCCCAUAUAUAGGCCGGGCUGAUCUCGUGUCUGUGGCUAUAAGCAUCGCGUUGCGCCUUGAAUGCAUAAACAGGUUCGGGGCGAAACUUCCUCCAUAUAUCGUUUUGCCGAAAGCCGUGGGAGCGAGCCUUGUUUGGCGUCAUGUGGCAUGGACCCCUUUCUAUCAUUUUUGCGUCAUGGGUCUAGACUGACGGGAAGACAAACUUGAUUCUGAAAUGCACCCUGGUGGAGUGUUGUUUCAACCUGGGACUAAGCAUCCUUAGGGACAACAGGUUCGUCUACAAUCGAAGACCGAAGUUGAAGUCUGUUCCUAUCGCACUCCACACCAGAUUCCGCAUUCAGUGUGCACCCACCCCACUCUCGAGUGAAAUUCAUCAGCCGCGACCAGCAGUACAUCUCCGAUCAGGCGCGGUAUCUCGAUUUCUCCGUUACAUCCUUCCCUUCAUCUCAACAUUGCACCCUGCUCCUCUGUCUGCCUUGUCCCCGCAUCCGUCUCGCAUCCCACUUUUCACACGUCCAGGCACCCAGAUCUCCAGCUCCAGGUUUUCUGCAGCUAUCUGGCCUCUGCGUCCCUCACCUGCCUCUUUUCAGGAUCCAAUGCUUUGGUUGCGACAUCAUACGGACGCUAGAACUAGCUCGGAAGAUCACUUUCUGUCUGGAACAACGUGUCCAGACUGAGGCUCGUUAUCCUCUUGUUGGGAUGCACCCUUAUCUAGGAAGGCUAUCGGAACAAGGCUACUCCGGCGCACUCCGUUUGAGCAGCGCUCGACCAGCUGAGUGCUGUUUUACCCUUUCCUGGUGUUCGCUGCGUCUGCCCCUAGGUGUCCAAUUGAAGAUGCUCACGACCAGAAUAAUCAUCGCAUGCAGAUCACUGUAUGCUUAUUCAUGUUGUGUGAUCAACGGCCACGCAUCUACACUCCCAAGUCGUCUAUCUCACGCACCUUUAUCUGUCCACCUCUAUCUCUCCCAUUCUGCCCGAUUUCGAUUUCGAUUCCGAUCACAAUUCCUCUAUGAAAUUCGUCACGCCGGGGCGUUCCUAGGCGCCCGCUGCUCUCCUUUCUCGUCUCUCGCGCCCCUUCGGCUUCAUCUCCGAUCAAACGUAGUAUCUCGAUUUUCCCGAUCUAGCGCUUUCCCCGAGCCUUCUCCCACAACGCCUAACCCCUUUGGUCUGUGUUUUCGCCGAUGUUCCCCUUAUUUUAGAUGGUGGGAUGGGAGCCUCAAGGUCGGGCAAUCCCAUGAUGCGCUCUCAAGUGCACGGGUGCGGGCCCAGCUCAUACGAGGCACUCCAUCGCAGACGUCCCACAGAGGUCCAUAGGGGUCUACAGCGUAAGCGCGCUGUCACUUAAGCUUCGUGGGGACACGGCGGGGUGUGGUGAAGGCGCGGGGUCGAUCGGCGUUCCCCGUACAUAUCCUGAUGAGCCUUCGGCGUCGUCCGCAGCUCCGUACAUGACCUGUAGACACUGACGCCGAUGCCGGCGUGACGUUGGAAACUUGCAUCAUUGCGGUGGCUCAGACGCGGCAUGGGCACUCGUUGAUAUGAAAUGGAGCAUGAAGGAUGUUGGGCGGCUUGGCUGGCUUGGCUGGCAAGCGAUAUGGUGGCGGGUGGAAGUCUGAUCCGCACCGACGCGGUUCAUUUUAAUUAUGCGCUCUAACGGACAGGUGGGAGUAUUACGGCUGUAUGCCACAUUUCGCACCAUCGGCCUCUU